CGCUGGUUUUUUGCUUUCGAUUGACUGCACGCCCGAAAAAAUUCAGAAGAGCAGCGUGCUAGAUUGCUCGACAAUGUCGGGUGAUCACAAAACAGUCAUCAAAGGCAACCCUUCGCAGUAUGUGAAGCUCAACAUAGGCGGAUCACUGCAUUACACCACGAUUGGCACCCUCACCAAACAUGAUACUAUGUUGAGAGCGAUGUUCAGCGGCCGGAUGGAAGUUCUCACGGAUUCGGAAGGCUGGAUUUUGAUUGAUCGAUGUGGAAAACACUUUGGCACAAUCCUCAAUUAUCUGAGAGAUGGCAGCGUCCCACUCCCAGACAACUGCAAAGAAGUUGCCGAGCUUUUGGCGGAGGUCAAGUACUACUGCAUCGCUGAUCUCAUCGAGUCAUGCGAACUCGCCCUAAUGAAACGAGAGCGCGAGGCUGAGCCCAUUUGCAGGGUGCCGCUGAUUACCUCUCAAAAAGAGGAGCAGUUGCUGAUCAACUCAACUGCUAAACCUAUUGUGAAACUCUUGAUAAACCGCCACAACAACAAGUACUCCUACACAAGCACAUCUGAUGACAACCUGUUGAAAAACAUUGAGCUCUUUGACAAGCUGUCUUUGAGAUUCAGUGGCCGAGUUCUGUUCAUCAAAGAUGUCAUCGGUUCAACUGAAAUUUGCUGCUGGGGGUUUUACGGACAUGGCAAGAAAGUUGCUGAAGUUUGCUGCACCUCCAUAGUGUAUGCCACGGACCGAAAACACACAAAAGUUGAAUUCCCGGAGGCAAGGAUAUACGAGGAGACUUUGAAUAUUUUACUGUACGAGAAUCGCACAGGACCUGAUCAGGAGUUAAUGCAAGCAACCUCGUCCAGGGGAGCGGUUGCUGCAGGCAUGACUUCGUACACAAGUGAUGAAGAAGAGGAGCGCUCAGGCUUGGCCCGGUUGCGUUCGAACAAGCAGAAUAACCCCUAGCGCAAUUGCCUCCCCCCUCAAUCGGGGAGGCCAAUGCAGAGCUUAUUUCGCUUGUGAGAAACUCACUAAUUUCAAAACCUCGACGGUUUUUGCUGCAUUGUAUUGAAUGUUGCCUCCCAUACAGAUAAAUUCCCCACACCACCUUGGGUAUGUUUUGUAAAUUGCACGUUAUGCAAGUUCCUAAUUUGUAUUUACUAGUGAUUGUUGUUGAUUCUUUUGGAUUUUUAUUGCUUCUGCACAUCUUAAAUUAUUCUAUCACUCCACCCCCCAAAAACUAGGCCCUGAAUGAAUGAAAAUGGGAACAAUUGUUUUUGCCCUAAAAUUAAUCAAUGGAUAAUCACAAUAAUAGCUCUUUUGAGGAUCGAAUUUGAGGCAAAUCGGUAUUGUGCUUGCUAUAUUGUGAUCUGUAUUAUCAAGCAGACUGUAAUCAAGGAUAGUAGUAUAACACAGUAAAACAAUUACAUUAUUGAUGUGUAUUUAUUAAGAGCCAAAAAAAAUCUGAGACUGCUUGAAACGAAUAGCAUCUGAAACAUCAAGGCUUGUCUUAAAGCUGAAACGACUUAAUUGAAUUUGCAUCAAAAAUGCACAGGGCUUCAAUGUGAUAAUGAGUGGAAUGAUUUAGGGUUUCCAGAUGGCAUGGAAUCAUAAUCAAGUACUUCACAAAGAUCACUAACUAAGUAACCUAAAACUAAAACAAGCUGCACUCGGCCAAAAAAAUUAUUCGAUGUUCAAACUGUUUUCAUAUUAAAAUUUAAUCAUUCAAUGGAUUCAGCGCAAUUAAGUGCCAAAGAGAAAUUUUAAGGCAUAAUCAGGUGUAAUGGCAUUAAAUUAAAAGUAUUUAUAUUCAUAUUUUAUAAUUAUAUAUUAGUUGUGAACAGUAUGCUUCUCAGCAACAUUGUUCAGAAGUUAGUAACAAGUAACAAAAUGUUGAAACAUUCCUCUUUUCUGCCGAGAGAUAGAAUAAGUUUUUGAAAAAUUGAAAUUAAUUUUCAUGGUUUGUAAGGAAUACAAAAUUUUAUUAUUACUUGAAUCCUAAUCUGUUCAAUUGCAAACACCAAGUAAAAUUAUGACAAUUAUGUUAUUAAGAUCAAGAUCUAAGAAAGAUCUAAGAUAGAGAACAUAAAAAAGUGAUUAGCUGUGGUAUUGUUGCUGUGGCUAUUCAUACCAGCAGCAGCCAGCAACCAUAUUUAAAUGGAUUGUUACUACAUAGACAGAUCAAACUGUAUAAUUAUCAUGAUAUGAUGUAAGAGAUUCAUAUUGAAAAUGUUUUAGAUUGUCUUAACUUUACAAUGUUGGGAACUUCACUCAUUAUAAAAAUUAAUAAAUAUAAUACCUGAAACAAUGAUGAUUUU